CGGGAGGGUGACAAGAUUUGUGGACGGACGACGGUCGCCAUGGUGCUGGAGGAGGAGAGCGAUGGCGGGGAGGAGGAGAGCCGUGACAGGGAGGACAACGAUGAUGAGGUGUUGAUGUGGAAGGGAGGAGGUGCAACGACGAUAAUCUGUGUGGCAGAGGGUCAUGGCGAGGACGCGAUGCUGGAUGAUGGCCAUGAGGGAGGUAGAGGAGAGCAACGGCGGAGGUCAAGGAGGGCGAUGGCGGAGCUGGAGGACGGCCAGGCGAAGGACGGGGAGGAGGGCAAAGGAGGAGGAUGACAAUGUGGGGAGGAUAAUGGACGACGGAAAAAGGAUGAUGAUAACGGAAAAGGUGAAUGUGCUAAAACACUUCAAACAGUCUUCGUCGGAUGUGGGUCAAAACACUCUUCGGCGGUUGCUGCUUUUGAUCAUGCGCUUCAUCGUCGAGAGUGGGAUAACGUUCAACUGCGUUAAGCUUGAAAGCUUCAAACGCAUGUUCGCGAUGAUCAUCCCGCCGGGGGUUCCAGGGGCGCCCACGCCCAAAGUACCCACGUACCACAUGGUGCGCACAUCCCUUUUGGAUGAGCUGGAUGCAGAGGUCCAAAAGUGUGUUCGGCCACUCCUUGACACGGCGAGAGAGUUUGGUUGCACAAUCAUGACCGACGGUUGGACCAACAUUAGGGGUCAGACAUUGUGCAACUACCUUGUCGGGACAAAUUUGGGGGCACCUUAUGUGGCCACCGACGUCAUGCACGGGAAGAAGGACGCCACUGCCCUUGCGACCACGUGGCUGAAGAGGGUGAAGUCCAUGGACGUGGACUUGAGCGACAUCACAACGUUCGUGACGGACUCCGCCGGGAUAAAUGUUGCAGCGAUGGAGGAUUUCCAGAAGGACGAGAGCGUCAAACACAUCUUCUGGAGUUCAUGCGUCGCUCAUGUGAUGGACCUCAUUCUCAAGGACAUCGGCGGGAUCGAUUGGGUGGCCACCCGCAUCUCGCAGGCGAGGUUGGUGACGAGGUUCUUCAAGCGUCAUGGCCACACACGGGAGGUUUUGGGGGUCUUCUCGACGAAGACCCUUCUACUGCCGGCGGAGACUCGAUUCAGCACUAACGUCAUCAUGAUGACGAGGCUUGUGGACCUGCGGGGAGAGCUCACGCAGCUUGACGCUAUUUUGGAGGUGUUCGACAAGCGGCGCACCAUGUUCCGGACACCCGCCCACACAGCGGCCAUAUUGCUGAAUCUCAAGUUCCGAGACCCGACGCUGAACGACGACCAGGAGGUGCAGCAGGGAUCGAUCGAAGCCCUGGUCCAGUUCCGCUAUCCAGAGGGAUCGGUGCAGCACGAGGAGGUCCUUAGGGCGGUAUUCAAGUUCCACACAAAGGAGCCUCCUUUCGAUGAUGUCAAUAUGCGGCGAUCGUUGGCAUACUACAGCCAGCCUGCCAAUUUUUGUUCCGUGAAGAGUGCGAAGUACCCUCACACGACCGUCUUUGCCGGUAGGAUCCUUCGCAUCUGGGCGAUUGCAUCACCAUGCGAGAGAGCAUGGUCUCGAUGGAGCUUCAUUCAUUCGAAGUCACGUAACAGGUUGGAGGUUGCUCGGGCCGAGAAGCUCGUGCGGUGCCACUGGAACCUCAGACUCAUUGAUAGACCGUCGUUGUGUGACGAUGCUCUUGCUGACAGACUCGAUAUUUUCUGGAACUGGGUGCAUUACUGGCAGGCUGUGGAGGAGGAGGUGGCAGUGGACCGUCAACUCGGCAGAGGUAGUGGUGCACUGGCGAGGGUGACUGAGGAGGAGUUGGCUCAGGCCAGAGAGAGGAUGCGCAUCGUUUCCCGCAUGGGAGCCAUACAUCGGGUGGCGGAGUCCGACAGGAGGCAACGCAGGGGCGGAGCAGGUGGACGUGGCGGGCGUGGGCGAGCAGGUGUCGGAGGAACGAGGCGUGGUGGCAUGACUGCUGCAUCUGGGAUUCGUCGACAGCGGGCGGACGGUUUCAUCCGCAAGGCCCGCCAGCGUUGGGACGAGGGAGACUUCUUGUUCGACAGCUCAUCCAGCGACGACGACGAUUUCUUUGCAUUGGGGACGCCCGCGCCUACGGACGAUGAGAGAGGCGACGGCGACGACAGAGGUGAUGGCGGAGCUGGUGGCGGAGAAGGUGGCGGAGGAGGUGGUGGAGGAGGUGGCGGAGGAGGUGGCGGAGGAGGUGGUGGCGGAGGAGGUGGCGGAAGCGACGACAGAGGUGCCGGAGGAGGUGGCGGAGGAGGUGACAGAGAUGGCGGAGGAGGUGGCGGAGGAGGUGGAGGAGGCGACGACAGAGGUGCAGGAGGAGGUGGCGACGACGAGGGAGGUCACGACAGAGGUCGCGGAGGAGGUGGCGGCGACGAGGGAUGUGAUGACAGAGGUCACAAAGGAGUUGGCGGCGACGAGGGAGGUGACGACAGAGUUGAGGAGUGUGAGGGUGACUUUCCUGUGCGUGGUCGUGGGUUCUUCUUGAAGCGGUUGAGACGCGGGGCCAGGCAGGAUAGCAGCAUCGGCUCUCGUGUGCGCAAGCGUCGUCUUCAGACUCUUCACGAUGCGACCGCCACGGACGCACGUGUUGCGCAGCAUGAGCAGGUUCUCGUGUCUGAGGACUCCCUGGGCGAGACAUCGGACAAGAACUUCAUUCCUCAGACUUCUGAUGUGAGGGGCGCGGAGCAUCAACCCGGUUUCGUCGAGGGCCCGAACAAGUCUGCAGCGACGAUUUCAGCGCAAGAGGAGAGUGGAGCAGGGUUGACUUGUCCCGAGCUUGCGGCGCCCAUUGCAGAUACUGCGGUCGCACAUGAGUCCCAUCGCCAUCUGACACAACCCACCGUCGCGGUUCAUGAGGAAGCUCGAGGAGGGGCAGCCAGUGAUGGGCAGACAAUUCCCGACGGUGAAGGGAAUGUGCCACCUCCUUCCACCGUCGUCUGCACGAGCGUCCACGGGGCACCCAGCGUCGUGGUCCCCUCCAUAGGCGAGGUAGCACAUCCUCCCACGGCCGACGUUGGUUUGGAGGACGGAGAGGUAGCACAUCCUCCCACGGUUGACGUUGGUUUGGAGGACGAAGAGGUUCCACGUACUCCCAGUUGUGCCCAUGAGGGAGAGGUUGCACGUCCUGCCACGGUCAACCACGUUGGCCUCGCCUGCCCUGCUGACAGUCUUCCGCCCACUGCGGAGUUGCUCGACAUGGAGUCGACGUUGUAUGCUCUGCCUGACGUAUCGACUUUGGCAUUUGUGGCACCACCAGCGACUGGUCGAGCGGAUGACGUGGAUGGAGUGUGUAGAGGAUUCGACGAGUUCGUCGGCGACACGAUAUUGCAUCUCGCAGUCUCUGCCACUCCCGCCGUUUUUCAUGUUGGGGCACCGCACGCGGUGGACCAGGGUUUGGCGAAGCAGGUGGCACGGAACCGCCGUGGCGGCCCUCGCGUCGCGGCGCAACGCAGUUUGGGAGAUUCAUUUGAGAGAUUGGAUGCAGAGUAUGCGGUGCAGGAGGGUCAUUGUGCACAGGAUUCCGCAUGCGAUGGGUCAUCAUUCCCGACACUCUCUCAGGCAGACCCGCACCCAGGCCCGCCACGUUCGGUGCAGGAGACGGCUCCCGACGUUGUCGCCACGGACGUGGACAAGGAAAUGUGCACGGAUGGUACCGUGUGCGUCGCAGCGCAACGCAGUCUGGCACGGACAUUGACCAGAGAUGGCAGCGUGCCUGCUCGCAGCACAGGGUCCCACUACGAGCAUAGAGGGUCAUCGGCCGCACAACCAGUCGCUGAGGGGGCCAUCGCACAUGGUGUCGAAGGCCAGCAUAGAGGUCACGCUCCUCCGCACCCCCAUGGCGCUAACCCUGUCGUCCACGGUGUGGCGGCGAGCACCGCAUUGUCGACGGUGUCGUUCUACGAUGGAGUGACCAGGGACCGGAGGACGGGCGAUGAGGGACAUGCAUCAGCAUGCGGACAGACAGAUGUGUGUGCGGGGAUGCGAUCCAUAGGCCGGGUCGUUGGUGGUUGUCAUGACUCUAUGAGAGUAUACGAGGAGCGACAUGGGAGGUCUUUGCGGGCCAAGACAACAGAUGUCCACGACACGAGGACGGCGACCGCGAGGUUAUCCCGGGCGAGGAAGAAGGGGACAGGUGCAUCGAUUCCAUAUCACUGUCGCCGUCCACCACCGACUUUUCACGCCAGAGCUCCGACCACGCAGAUUCUAGCGACUGGCGGGGCAGUGGCGGACGGGGGGACAGUCCAAUGCUGUUCAGGGCGAGUCGAGAAGAGACGAGGCGAUGUGGUGAUCUACCAUGAUGACAGUUCCACAGCCGCGGAGGCUAGCGAGACCACAGGCGCCGAACAUCCAGGUGACUCCGAUUACGUGCCCCGACGCCCGGCGGCGGAUGCAGAUGAUGGUGGAGGUCGACGCGUCAGGCAGAGGACAGGAUUCGGCCCGCACGGGCAGGGGACGCCAUCGGACCCUAUACCGCCUAUUGAUCGACAGGCGCAGGCUCAGUCUGUGAUACCCAAACUGUAUCAUUACCGGUCUGAGCCUUCGCAGCAGGAUGCAGGUCUGUGACCGCCUAUUGAUCGACAGGCGCAAGCUCAGUCUGUGAAUUUUGCAUACAGGUGGAUUGGAGGGUACAUACGGGAAGGAAUCAACAUUGUUUGCUCGA